AUGAACCCUCUACAAGAACGCCGUUCAGAUGGUCGACGUGGACGAGUACAUGGAGAAGAUCGCCGCACACAAAAUCGUCAUCAAGGCAGCCCGGGUUUGGCCGACAUUAUUGGUAACUCUCUUGACCGUCCUAGGGAUAGGACAGAGAGUAAUAAUCGUCGAAGCCUAGUAGAUAUUGUAAUUCCACCACCCAAACAACGUAGAAAGGCAUCUGCAGCUCGUUUGAAGAAAGCGAAGAAACGAGACAUCGCCGAGGAACCACAAGAUGGGCCAAGUACAGCUAAUGCUGCAAAUCGGUCGUCAGAUGGCGUGCGUAUAUCCACUACACAUGAUGAUCAGUCUACAGUAGGAGUUGGAGUAAAAGGAAAAGGGAAACCAGCCCCCGAAAAGUUUCAAAGACCAGUCGUCUCUCCUGAGAAUUUCGACACUCCUCUCAUUACAGUCGAAUCUUCUCCAAGCUGUUCUCAAGAAGAGGGCAGUCUUAGAUCAGAGUCUUAA